UGAGACAGUGAAGGAAAGCCACCUGGAGCUGGAGGGUUUGUUACCCGGACAGCAGACCCUGUGCAGGCUGCUGUGCUGGAGGGGGCUCAGGGCGGGGCAGAAGGGAGGGGCCUGAUGCCCCAGCCCCAGCCCCCUCUCCUCUCUGCCCCUAGAGGAGCCCAUUUACUGCUACACACCGCACAACUUCACCCGGGACCAGGCGCUGUACGCCCGCGGCUACUGCUGGACGGAGCUGCGGGACGCGCUGCCGGGUGUGGACGCCAGCCUGUGGCCGUCGCUGUUUGAGCACAAGCUGCUGCCCUACUCGCUGCUGGCCUUCGCGGCCAUCAUGUACGUGCCCGCGCUGGGCUGGGAGUUCCUGGCAUCCACGCGCCUCACCUCAGAGCUCAACUUCCUGCUUCAGGAGAUCGACAACUGCUACCAUCGGGCGGCCGAGGGCCGCGCGCCCAAGAUCGAGAAGCAGAUCCAGUCCAAGGGGCCCGGCAUCACGGAGCGCGAGCGGCGCGAGAUCAUCGAGAACGCAGAGAAGGAGAAGAGCCCUGAGCAGAACCUGUUCGAGAAGUACCUGGAGCGCCGCGGCCGCAGCAACUUUCUAGCCAAGCUCUACCUAGCGCGGCACCUGCUCAUCCUGCUGCUCAGCGUGGCGCCCAUCUCUUACCUGUGCACCUACUACGCCACCCAGAAGCAGAACGAGUUCACCUGCGCGCUGGGCGCAGCCCCGGGAGGCGGGGGCCCGGCGGUGCGCGUCAGCUGCAAGCUGCCGUCCGUGCAGCUGCAGCGCAUCGUGGCGGGCGUGGACAUCGUGCUGCUCUGCUCCAUGAACCUCAUCAUCCUCGUCAACCUCAUCCACCUCUUCAUCUUCCGCAAGAGCAACUUCAUCUUCGACAAGCUGCACAAGGUGGGCAUCAAGACGCGCCGGCAGUGGCGCCGCUCGCAGUUCUGCGACAUCAACAUCCUGGCCAUGUUCUGCGACGAGAACCGCGACCACAUCAAGUCGCUCAACCGGCUGGACUUCAUCACCAACGAGAGCGACCUUAUGUACGACAACGUGGUGCGGCAGCUGCUGGCCGCUCUCGCCCAGUCCAACCACGACGCCACGCCCACCAGAGGGAGGCCUGCACAGGCUCUGUGCUCUGGGCUGUUUGCAGACGCGCCCUUGCCGGAGAAGGAAAUCCUGUUCCCAGCAGAGCCAGCCCUGGCCGCACUUCCCUCGGGGGGCCCUUUUCACGUCUGCUCGCCCCCUGCAGCCCCCGCCACGGCCCCGCUGUCCCCAGCCAGCCUGAGUAAGGCUGACCCUCUGGCCAUUCUGAGCCGCAACGCCACCCACCCGCUGCUGCACAUCAGCACCCUAUACGAGGCCCGGGAGGAGGAGGACGGGGCCCCACGAGCACCUCCGGACGUGGGCGGCCUCAUCACCAUCCCUCCCCCACAGCAGAUCCUCAUCGCCACAUUCGACGAGCCAAGGACAGUAGUGAGUACCGUGGAGUUCUGAGGGGACGGGGCUGCCCAGGCCUUCCAUGCCCCUCUGCAUGAUCGCGGUGUGCCACUGACCCCAGCUGGCCCCGCACAUACACGGCCUCAGCUUCACCCAGCACUGCCCACACCCCCCGACCUCCUGUCCGCAUGCCACGGGGCUCAGCACCUCUCCCACCCGGCCCCCUAGAUGGCAUCGUUGGGGCGCUGGCUGGGCCAGGGGCUGGCCGUGACCCCAGUGGAGCCCCCAGCCAGAAAGGCCUGGAGCCACCCUCUCCCUUGCAUCAGGCGCUCGGCUGCAAGAUGAAGAAUUUAUUUUUUUAGUUGAUUUUGUCUUGCCUGGGGUGGGCAUGCUGGCCCGCGAGGGGCAGGGCGGUGGCAGGAUGACUCAGGAGGGGCUGGGGCUGGCGGCACCUCUGGGGCUUGCCCUCUGCAGACACCAGGACCCCUUCAUGGGAGGGGCUGGGGUCCGCCAUCCAGUCAGAGAUCAACAUGCACUUUCUCCUUGUUCCCGACACCCCUGUACUUCACUACGAUUACUGUAACUAGUGAGUGUGCUUACUAUCAGGAGGCUCAGGAUGCAUCCCAAAGGAUGGCCUGUGUGAGUGUGCGUGAGUGCGAGCGCGCGGGCGUGCCAGCGGCCGUGUGCGUGACUGGGUAAGCGUGCGAGUGUGUGUGCGAGUGGGCACAGGGUUGAGGCCGGGAGUGGGCGCCAGCGUGCCCAUGAGGGAAGGAAUCCAAUGCAAUAACUACGUCCCCUCCAAGCCACCAGCCCCCAGCCCGAGGGUCCACGGCGCUCUGUGGGAGCCCAGGGCCGGCGCUGGGCGGGUCUAUCCCUAUUACCUCAGCCACGCGACAACGUGACAGUAUUAACAAGGUAGCACCGAGCAUAUCAAUAAAUACUAUUCUGAUA